UAUUGUUCAAUUCAUUCAACGUUGGCAUCUUUCUAGUCUACUAAUUUGGGAAAUUUAGUAUUUUUUAAAAUAAAAAUUAUUGAAAAGCAUAAAUAUUGUUCAAUAAAAUUUCGUAUAAUAAAAAGCUUAGCAUUCGAGUUUAUUCGCGGUAGCAAUAUGCGAGGGAAUCUGAGUAAUUGCUUGUGAAAUUCCGAAGUCUAAUAAAUGAACGCGGACACGAAAAAAAAUAAAAAUAAAUAAAUAUAUAAACACAGAACGAAUAUGGAGAGCACAGCAAGCGUAAAUGAUGAAACAGAAUGUCGUAUUAAUUUCCCGUUGGGCGAAAUUCGAGGCAGACAGUGCAAGUCGAUUUACGACCAUGCAUAUUUCAGUUUUGAGGGUAUACCAUACGCUCAACCGCCUUUGGGUGAGCUACGUUUCCGGGCCCCAGAACCUAUAACACCAUGGAAGGGUGUCAAAGACUGUACGAAGUGCGCAAGUAAACCUUUACAACAAAAUCCCUUCAAUGAGAGUAUAGAAGGUUCCGAAGAUUGUCUUUACUUAAAUGUUUAUACGAAACGGCUAAAAUCAGAACAACCACUACCUGUUAUGGUAUUCAUUUACGGUGGUUCGUUUCGUUCGGGUGAGGCGCGCAGAGAAAGCUAUGGUCCUGACUAUUUUAUGCAUGACGAUAUAGUGCUGGUCACUUUUAAUUAUCGUGUAUGCGCUUUAGGGUUUCUCAGCUUCGCUGAUCCUGCUUUAAAAAUACCCGGCAAUGCUGGGCUCAAAGAUCAAGUACUCGCCCUGAAAUGGGUUAAACAAUAUAUUUCAUAUUUCAAUGGUGAUCCACGGAAUGUGACACUCUUUGGCAUGAGUGCCGGCGCCGCCUCAACACAUAUUCUCAUGCUCUCCGAACAAAGUCGUGAUCUCUUCAAACGUGCAAUAGCCAUGUCGGGUAGUGCUCUGAAUUAUUGGGCCAAUAUGCCGCAGACAAGUAUGGCAUAUCGUUUAGCAAAAUUCAAUGGCUACACCGGUGAUAAUAUCGAUGCGAAUGUGUUAAAAUUUCUAAAUAAACUCGAUCCCGUAAAAUUGGUCGUACAUUCGUUGCUAACUAAAGAGGAACAGCGCAAGUUGUACCUGUUUGCAUUUGGACCCAUUGUAGAGCCGUAUAUAGAUGAAAGUUGUGUCAUCCCAGAGCGGCCAUUUAAAAUGCUGCGAAGAGCUUGGAGCAAUAAAAUAUCAAUGAUAAUUGGUGGUGCUUCAUUUGAAGGACUGCUCAUGUAUCCCGUGCUGAAGAAAAAUCCCGAUAUUAUGAAACUUUUGUACAGCGAACCAUCCCUCAUUGUACCGGAAGAUGUUUAUAAUGCGAAUACGUCAAAGGAGAAUCAAAGAAUGGGUGAACAACUUUUGAAAUUGCAUUUUGGCGAUAAGAAGCCCAACGAUCAUUCAUUAUUUAAAUAUUUAGAUCUGCUGGGUUACAAAAUUAUAUGGCACGAUUUACAUCGCACGCUUUUGGCGCGUCUAAGCUUUGCGUUAGCACCCACCUUUCUCUACCGUUUCGAUUUCGACUCUCCAGACUUCAAUUUGAACCGCAAAAGAUAUUGCGGUGAUGAUAAGGUGCGCGGUGUGUCGCACGGUGAUGAGCUUUCUUAUCUUUUUCAUUCACGUGACACACGAAAGGCAGUGCCCAAUUCUUCGGAGUAUAAAAUGAUAAAACGUUUCACAAGUAUGUGGACGAGUUACGCGACUACCGGUGACCCCGAUUGCCAUGCAUCCGAUCCAAUUACUUGGGAUGCCGUGACGAAGUAUUUCAACUUCCAAGGCGUGAAUAUGGGACCACAUCUGGAAUUUAAGACAUUACCGGGAAAAGAAAUAUUAGAAGAAUGGGCUAAAUUGUAUAAAAAUCCUGAGCAAUUAUGCGGAGCGAACAAAGAGGAGGACUACAAUUGGGGAGAGCCAUUAGCUUCAACGAUAUGAAGAGCAAGUUAUUUAUGCAUAUUAUAUGUACAUACACGUAUGUAUACAUAUAUAUGUUGUGUAUAUAAAAAAUAGUCCCCAUUG